UUCACAUUCUACUCUAACCUCUCCAUUGAGUUCACAAUGAUUAAAGCAAUUAGUUCUCCAUGGCUAAUUAUGCUGCUAAUUGCAGCACUAAGUACUGUAAUUACAGUUAAGUCUGAUAUUAAUGAUGUGUUGCCGGAAAAGUUGAGUUUUGACACCGGAGGUUUGAGCAGAGAAAGUUUUCCGAAGGGAUUUAUAUUCGGAACUGCAACUUCUGCAUACCAAGUUGAAGGUGCUGCUAGCACUGAAGGCCGUGGACCUAGUAUUUGGGAUACUUUCAUUAAACGACCUGGAGUUGAACCAAACAAUGCCAAUGGAGAAGUCGCUGUUGACCAAUAUCAUCGUUACAAGGAGGAUAUUGAUCUGUUGGCGAAUCUGAAUUUUGAAGCUUAUCGCUUCUCAAUUUCAUGGUCCAGAAUUUUCCCAAAUGGAACUGGUAAAGUAAACUGGAAAGGAGUUGCUUAUUACAACAGGUUGAUCGACUACAUGCUCGAAAGAGGUAUUACCCCAUAUGCUAAUCUUAAUCACUAUGAUUUACCACAAGCACUUCAAGAUAGGUACAAUGGAUGGUUAAGCCGUGAAGUCGUGAAAGAUUAUGCUGAUUAUGCAGAGUUUUGUUUUAAGACAUUUGGAGACAGAGUGAAGAACUGGUUUUCGUUUAAUGAGCCAAGAGUUGUUGCUGCUUUAGGGUAUGAUACUGGAUUCUUUGCACCCGGAAGAUGUUCUAAACCAUUUGGCAACUGCACUGAAGGAGAUUCGGCAACUGAGCCUUAUAUUGUUGCCCAUAAUCUCAUCUUAUGUCAUGCUUCUGCAGCUAAGAGAUAUCGCGAAAAGUAUCAAGAGAAACAGAAAGGAAAAUUUGGCAUUCUGUUGGAUUUUGUGUGGUAUGAACCUUUGACAAGAGGAAAAGCCGACAACUAUGCUGCUCAAAGAGCAAGAGACUUUCAUUUGGGAUGGUUCUUGCAUCCUCUUGUAUAUGGUGAGUACCCAAAAACCAUGCAAAAUAUUUUGGGGAAGCGAUUACCCAAGUUCACGAAAGAAGAGGUUAAGAUGGUCAAGGGAUCAAUUGAUUUAUUGGGCAUAAACCAGUACACUGCCUACUACAUGUAUGAUCCUCAUUACACGACGCCACAACCCUUGGGCUAUCAGCAGGACUGGAAUGUUGGAUUUGCUUAUGAUCGCAAGGGAGUACCAAUUGGUCCUAGGGCACACUCGGAUUGGCUCUAUAUCGUGCCAUGGGGUCUACAUAAAGCUGUCAACUAUGUAAAAGAACGCUAUGGAAAUCCUACCAUGAUUCUGGCAGAAAAUGGUAUGGAUUAUGCGGGCAACAUUACCCUUCCUAAAGCAUUAUAUGACACCAAAAGGAUUGCUUACUAUAAGAGCUAUUUGCAAGAACUAAAGAAGACUGUAGAUGAAGGAGCUAAUGUCAUAGGCUAUUUUGCGUGGUCAUUGGUGGACAACUUUGAAUGGAGAUUGGGUUAUACUUCCAGAUUUGGCAUUGUCUAUGUUGAUUUCAAUACCCUCAAACGAUACCCAAAGUUGUCCGCAUUAUGGUUCAAGAAGUUACUUAGGCGCCACAAGCAUUAAGGCGGCUCUGCCCUUGUCUGUGUUUUUUUCCUCUCAUUAAAAGUAGUUCAGUGUUUAGAAUGUCUGUUUAGAUUUUAGAGGACUUGAAACUCAUAAGUUGGCGGCUUUAUUAGGCACUAGGAUUUCAAGUUGUGUUAGUUUAAUACAAGAAUGCUCUUUCUACAAUAUAGCUAUGAUGUUUGCAAGGGAAUAAAAGAAUGAAUGAUACAGCUUUAGUACUGCAAUUCCUAA